UCAACAUCAUCACUUACAAUGGCUCCUACUAUCGUGCUCAUCCGCCACGCUCAGGCUCUUCACAAUAAUGGUCACUGCCUGAUCCUCCGCUCACCGAAAAGGGCGAGGAGCAAUGCGCUCAUCUGAGAGAGAACUUGAUCUCUACAUUCUCUGAUAAGGUUGAUAAUAUAGAUGAUGUAGCUAUUGUUGUUAGUCCUAUGCGGCGUACGAUGCAGACUGCUAUGCUUUCGCUGGGUUGGCUUGUUGAGCGGGGUGUUAAGAUUGAGGGCAACGCAGAUUGGCAAGAAAACUCCUCAAAGCCUUGUGACACAGGAAGUCCCAUCUCCUCCGUCUCACCAUCCUUCCCAAAAGUAAACUUCUCCAGCGUCGAUCCUCUCUGGCCAGACAAGACAUCUCCAUCUGCAGAGCGAUACUGGUACACCAAGAAGUCCAUCCUCGCCAGAGGCCAGCGCGCACUAGAGGAUUUGAAGAAAAGACCUGAGAAACUCAUCUUCGUGGUCUCGCACGCUGGGUUCUUGAGAUUGGGUGUUGCAGGAUAUUGGUUCUUUAACAGUGAUUAUCGUGUUUUUGACUUUGAUGGGCAGGGGAUUAAACAGCACGAGGGGACCUUGGCGGGAGGGAUGGGAUUGUCGCUUACAGAGCCGGUUGAGCUGGGGCUUGAUUUGCCGGAGGAGGAUCCGGGGUAUGAUGCUUAGGUGAAGGAGUAGAUGGGAUUGUCCUCUUGGUAGUACUGGUGUUGAGGGCUAGACGGACCUUCACGUGGAUCGUAUACAUUGACUAAAGUCACAAAACUGUUCAUCUUUUAUCUAUCAUCCAGUCAUUAUAUUACACUAUGGUACACUAUAUCCAAC